UUGCGGGUUCGACUCCCGGCCCCGGUGACAUCUGCCACAUAUCUUCCCAUCUCUCCGUUCCCCUCUUCCUGUCAACAUACCUUCAAAAAAUACAGGCCACAAGAGCCAACAAAAUCCUCAAAGAAAAAAAAAGUGAUAUUUAAUAUACUCAGCAUUUUUAUAACAAAUGAAGGUAACAUAGUUACUUCAUUGAGCUAUAAAAUGUCACUGCAUGCCUGGAAACGCGUAAUACUGCUCCGUGAAGAAAAAAAUGAUCAAAAUGGAUGUUUUUUUAAUCACUUCCAGCCACACUCCAGCACCCCCUUCUGGUCGAUCAGGACCCCUUCCUCCUCCUCCAAAUGAGAGACCACCAUCUGUUGGAAGAAACCAGUCAUCACCACGCACAGGUCCUCUUCCUCCACCACCUCCUUCAGGUCGCAGCAUGGGCGUAGGCAGCCUAAGAGCAACCCAAGCAGCCCCGCCCAUCGGUCGGCCGGGCCCAGAGCCUCCUCGUGGCGGCCCUGGCAGUAGGCCCCCCCUGCCGCCAGACAGGCCCGUUGGGGGACUACCACCUCCACCACCGAUGGGGAAUGGCUUCCAAAACUCUCACCACAACCAAAUGCAAGAUGACUUUGAGUGCAGGUUCACCUUUCAUCCCAUUUCGGACCUUCCUCCACCUGACCCCUAUGUGCCCUCGCAGAAAACCUACCCCAGUAAGAUCUCUAAGACAGAGAGCAAAGGUUCUGGUAAAAAAGAGCGAGGCGCUCCUCCCCUUCCCCCUAUACCCAGGUGAAGUAAAGAUGGCUGCCUCUACAACACUUGGACCUUCCACCUCUUCCUCUCUUCUCAUCUCUCGCUUUCUCAGUUGACCAGAAGUCCUCAUGUGAGGACCACAAGGCUCCAGGAAUUCAAAUAAAAGCACAGUGGAGGUCACACCAUAUGCCUCUGUUGUAGAGAAAUGGUUUAUUUUGUACAUUUAUGCGCUGGGGAAAUUAUUUGUUUUGGGGUUGUUGUUUUUUUGUUGUUGUUUUUUUAUACAUUUAUAACCAUGCUGUUCCUGGAAGCCUUCAUUGAUUUUGAUACUUAAAUUUUGUUCUUGUAAUUAUUCUAUUUCCUCUGUUUUCAGUUGAUGCCAUAACUGAGUUUUGGAUUUUUAUAACCCAACGCAUCAGGAAAUCAAUCAAGGUGCCUUAGAUUCAGACAAAGACAAAGUUCAAAUGAUCUCAGCCUCUCUGUGUGCCUCUACAGCAUGAAUGUAGACUUAGUUUUUUUCACCACUUUGUUUCUGCUACAACCACUGGAGCGGUACGUUUUAAUUUUGCGAGGAUGCUUGAUGUGUUUUCAUGGACAUUUCUGCAGAAUUUUACAUCAUGAUUGAAAAAUCUUACUGAAUAUUGUUUUGUUAAAUUGUCUUGAUGCACAGCAGAGUCUGUAUGUAUCUUUAUGAUGUAAUCAGCUGAUAUUGAACUAUGGGAUAAGUUUUGUUUGCAGUGUUAUGUUCGCUAUAAUAUUCUGCUUUGUUUUGUUUCAAAGAAAUGUUUUCUGUGAGGUUGUCAUCUGAAAGGAAACUAUUUGCAUUUAAAAUGCUUACUUUAGGUGAAAAAGGGGAAUGCUUUUAUUAAAUCAUACACCAAUAUUCCUGAACAAUUCCUGUUUGGGAAUAGAAAAGGACAGUGAGCAGAAAAGUCAAUUAGAUAAACAAUAUCUUACCACAUAAGCCAUAUUAU